UCAAAAAUAUCUACCCCUAUCCUCCCGAACCGGGCAAAAGUCCAACCAACCGGCGUUUCAGUACCUGCCGGGAAAUAACCAAUUGGUCGGCGGUCUCUCUCUCUCUUCUCUCUCUUCAUCACUAAGCUAAUGGCGGCGAGCUUUUCACCGACAUACUGUUGGAGUGAGAUUUUUAUCUCCAAAACCUAUAAAAAUCCACUUCUCGUGUUCUUCUUCCGACCACCUCAACUUCCUUAAUCCAUCCAUCCCCCCCUUCUUUCAUCAUCAUCAUCAUCUCAACCACCAAUGAAUCCGGCCGACGAGCCAUCGUCUUCCUCUCUUAUUCCGGUUACUCAACCCAUGUCAUCGGAUUCUGGGUUCUUUCCAAUUCAUUCAUUCCCUUCUUCUUCUUCUUCUUCCUCUUUCAUCCCUUCUCAGUUUACAGAGUUUGAUUGUUCAAUUGAGAGAGUUAAGGAAGAGGAGGAGUUGGAAAUGGAUGUUGUUCCUCGACCACUACAAUGUCUACAGUCAGGGACUGUUGUUGUUCCUCCCUUUCUGUCGAAAACUUAUGAUCUUGUUGAAGAACCAGCACUCGACAUGAUCAUAUCAUGGGGUAAAAAUGGUGAAAGCUUUGUCGUUUGGGAUCCUAUGGAGUUUGGUAGAACAAUUCUUCCAAGGAAUUUCAAGCACAACAAUUUCUCAAGUUUUGUCAGACAGCUUAAUACAUAUGGUUUCCACAAGAUUGAUACAGACAAAUGGGAGUUUGCAAAUGAAUUCUUUCUAAAGGGCAAGAGACAUCUCCUAAAGAACAUACAAAGGCGUAGAUCGACUCAUACUGCUAGCAGUGGAUCUCGCGAACAACCCAAACCCGCGUUAGAAAGUGAAGUGGAGAGACUGAAGAGAGAAAGGAGUUCGAUGUUGCAACAAGUUAUCGACUUGCAGCAGCAGCAACAAGGAACGGUUCAAUACAUUGACGUAAUGGGAAAGAAGCUUCAAGCAGCUGAGCAAAAGCAAAAGAAGAUGGUUUCAUUUUUGUCCAAUCUAGUUCAAAACGCCACAUUCUUAACCCGUCUAAAUCAAAAGAAAGAACAAGAAAGAACUCCGAGGAAGUUUGUCAAACAACGACAACUCGAGUUGGGCUGUGGCACAAAUCCAGACUAUCUUCUAGAAGAUUCUAAAAUCGUUCAAGGGCAAGUUAUGGGAAGGGAAGAAGAUAAAACAAAAGGGAAGAAUGUUGAGAAUUACCAACCCGAAGAAGACUAUGACCUUGUAUCUUUUCUCCCUGCAAGCAGCAGUGAGGAGAAGAGCUUAUACGAGGAACUACUAGAUUGGCCUGAGAUUGAAAACAUGGUUACAACAACAACACAAGAGGAGAAUCCAUGGAAUGUGGAAGCAAGUGAAAUAUGGUAUAAUAACAAUAACAGUAAUAUUAAUGUGGCAGCAGAGUUGGAUUCGGAUAUCUGGGAUGAUUUAGGUCAUCUGCAGGUUGAAGAAUCUCCCGUCGAGGAUGAGUUCAACAACUCUUUGGCCAGACAGCUUACAGAUAGUUACUACUACAAGAAAAUGGAUCCAUAAUUGAUUAGUCUAGUAAGUAGGUCUUGUGGAAGGAACAAUUGGAUUUGGACAUUUCUAUUCAGAACUUCAUUUCUAUUUAUAAAUAUAUAUAUAUUAUAAG